AUGGAUCUAACAAUACCAGAUCGUAAAGUGAUCGCGUUCGAGCUAGUCGGCGACGGCCAGUGGAAGAAAAUUGGAUUUGGAUAUGCGAUCGUCAAAGCCACUUGGGCUCAAAACGAAGGUGUUAUACAAUUUGUGAGCCUUUCUCAUGAACUAGUAUGGGAAUUCAUAAUUCACAGAGAUGUCUCGUAUAAGAAAGAAAACACUAUGAUCAUGUCCUGGACUGAACCAGACGGAAGAGACAUAGCAUUGAGUUUCGAGACAGCACGCGAAUGUGGAGAAUAUUGGUCCUUUAUAAACGAUGUUCAGGCUCGAUUGUUAGAACCCAGUUUAGGCUGGCUUCCACCUCCCAGACGCGAGAAUCUCCCUCAAAUAUACGAAAGUCUUCUAACACUCAAAGCUCUAGAUCGGCCCCGUAUUCUACGCACACUGAAGAUUGGGUAUAUAGAGAACAUUCUACAAAUGUUCCCGAAGAUAGAGAAAGAAGGAUCGGUGAAUGAAAUGCAAACUUUGUGUGGUAUUAUAAAAAAAAUAAUAAGUGAGUCUAUGAGAAUUAGAGCAAGAAUAAGGGAGAUGUCAGUAACCGCAAUUGUAAUACCUCCAGCGGCAUUUCAGGAUACUGAAAUUGUUGAGAAGUUGAUGAGCGAAGAAUUCGUUGGACUAUUUGUUUCUUGCUUAGAGUACGACCCAGAGUCUCCGAUAUCACCUUCGAAUAUACACAGGGAUAUGAUAAUUUCAAUGAAGCCUGUUGAGGUAGUCCCGGUGGAAAGCGAGGUCCUUCGAUCCCUAACUUUACGUAACCAGCGCUCUCAUUAUAUCCGAGAUUCCGUCCUCGUCCGCACACCCAAUGACCCACUCGUCGCGAUUCUUGGGGCUUUGAUAAAUUCUGCCAACGAGCAAAUACUAUAUGAGCUUUUGCAAGAGCAAAACUUCUUUGAAGAAUUGUUUAAAUGUUUUGAACCAGGUGUCGAUGAGAAAAAGAGAGAAGAUGCGGUUAAAGCUUUAAGGCAGAUUUUUCGCAUGGCUCAAGGAUCGAGUGCGCGGAUUAGUUUGUCAAGAGAAAUGCUUCGCCACAAUCUACACAUGGCCUUUAGACAUGUUCUCGCUCACCCCUCUCCCCAAAUUCGACUUAUGGGUCUCGAAAUAAUUGAACUAUUCUGCAGAUUAGAGCCGACGGUUGCCCGGUCAGCCUGUCUUAUGGAACGCGCACUCGAUAAGGAACUCAAAUCUUACUCGCUUACCUCACUCGAGCUGGUCAUAGAACGAUUAACGACAGAUCAUGGAGAUCUGUUGGUCGGAGGGAAGGCGUGCGAAGUAUUGAAAUUUUUGGUUGACUGUAAAUCUUUGAACCAAAAACGGGAUGGAGUGGAUCUGCCCGAAAUAGACGAUGAUGAAAGAGCGAUUUAUGAUAAUUUUGUGGGUUAUUUUUAUGCAUCUCUAUUGGGCAAAGUUAUUGGCCCAAUUAAAAGAAUAACGAGUAAAAAUGUACCACUUCAUACUAUAAGGACCAAGGCAUAUUUAACGAAUGCAGAUAUUGGAAAUAAGGCUAUUUUAUUAUUAGAAAGUGGUUCUACGCCACUUCGAGUUGCCGCUCUUCGCUUCAUACGAAAAUGUCUCAGUACCAAAAACACAGCGUAUUUGCAGUAUUUCGCUCAAAACAAGCUCAUCCCUCGAAUAGUCGCGGUUCUUCUCACGCCAGAACACAGCUCCAAUGCUCUAAACUCGGCCUGUCAAGAAUUGAUUACAUUUGUUUGCAAGAUUCGCCUUGAUGAAUUUUUAGAUUCUACAUGGCAAACUUGUGCAGAUCAAUUGAAAGAAGCUGGCUUCGAAAGGACGAGUGAGAUAAUGGAUAUGAUGUACAGAUCACAUAAUUCUGAAUCCAUACACAUGUCAAAUGAAAGUGACGAUCAGCAAACUCCUCAGCAGGCACGUCCGGGCGCGUGGGUGUCGACCACUGUGGAUAGAGACGAAGAGGCAUAUUUUUUUAAUGAUUCUGAUGAUGAUAGCGAGGAGGAAAGUGAACCCGCGAGGAAGAAAAUAGCAAGGAGGUUAGAAGAUGAGGAUGAAGAUGGUGAAUAA